AUGACGGGGAAUCCAGCCCCUGAAAAGGCGGCUGAGUUUCUCGACAUUCUCAUCCUGGCAAUCACCAUCAUUGUCAUGGCGGUGCCCGAAGGCCUUGCUCUCGCCGUGACCUUGGCCCUCGCAUUCGCAACCAGACAUGUGGUGAAAGAGAACAAUCUCGUCCGCGUGCUCAGGGCGUGUGAGACCAUGGGUAAUGCGACGACCAUCUGCUCGGACAAGACGGGGAACGCUCACCCAGAACAGGAUGACUGUGUUUGCUGGCUCGUGGGCCAAAAGUCAGAAGUUCUGGCAAUCUUACGAGAGUGGCUCGUCACCAUCGUCGUCAACUCGACGGCAUUUGAGGGAGAGGAGGAUGGCCAAAAGGCGUUCAUUGGUAGCAAGACCGAGGUGGCCUUGCUGAGCAUGGCACAGACUCAUCUUGGAAUGACCAGCUGUGCAGUGGAGCGUGCCAACCAUCAUGGUGUGCAAAUUGUGCCGGCUCUUUGUCAAAUGUGGGGGUGCAGCGUCAACGACACCGUGGCCAAGUUUCUCCAGUUCCAGAUCACGGUCAACAUCGCCGCUGUGACGCUGGCGUUCGUCCUUGGCGCAGAUGUGGAGUCGGGCGAAGGGGACGACGCUAGAGGGGGAUGA